AUGACGGAUGAUACCCAUAUGAACCGCGAUGAUCUCUUCGAAACGGUCAGAGACGGAGAUCUUGCGGAGGCCAAAAAAGCUUUAGCAAGUGCAGAAAUGUCAUGGCGACAUUCCGCUCUUGGACAAAAUUUUCUCUUCUUUGUCGCGGCGCGACGCCGUCGAGGCUGCGAAGAACUGGCAAAGCAGUGCAUAGCCAUGGGGAUUAAUCUGGAAGAGGUUGACCUGAAUGGUCAGACGCCUCUCUUUUGGGCUGCGAAGCGGGGCAACAUCGUCAUGGUCAAAUUUCUGCUCAAUCUCGGCUUCACGGUUAACUUUCGAGACAAGGCCAGGAAGACGGCGCUCUUCUUCGCCAUCGAGAACGGUCACCUGGACGUGGCCGACUACCUCAUCGAACGGUCCGCGUCGACACUGGUUCGGGCCAGCACUGGUAAAACUCCCCACGCGAUGCUCAAAGAGAAGAAUCACAAGGCACCUGCAAGAAAACGAAAAUGGGCAGAACCAAGCCCCAGUUUGGUAUGUCCUGGCGCAGAAACUCGCAGCCGUUUUGCCCAGUGGGAAUGGGCCGGCACCCAGGACGAGUCCGAACCGAUGGUGGGUAAAGAAGAGGAGAAUGUGCUCGUGGAAGAUUCGCGGUACUACAUUUGUGCAUCCGUAAAAGGAUGCUCGAAACGCCUCCGGCGGUCCGAACGGGAGUUCGUGGGAGAUCACGCGCAUAUUCAUCAACAGGAGACGUGGUACCGUGAAUUGACCCCUCAGAAAGCCGAAGAACUGGUGAACUGCCACGUGCCUGACGAAGAAGUGCACGAGAAGCUCAUUGACGAGUUGGCCGCAGGAGCACGACCUCGU